AUGGUUGGGGGGAGAGGGGCUCUCGCCGUUUAUACACCAGCAGAGACGAGGGGCCGGGGCGUAAAGUCGACAGAGUGCCUGGCGGAGGUCGUCGAGGGCGCCCUCAAGAUCGGCCCGCCUCCCCCUUCCCCCCAACCAAACAAACCUCUCACGACUGUCCUCUCCUUCUCCUCCUCCUCCUCCUCCUCCUCUUCCUCCUCCUCCUCAUCCUCCUCCUCUUCCUCCUCUUCUUCUUCUUCUUCUUAUUCUUUUUCUUCCUCCUCCGCAUCCUCCUCUUUCUGGUCCUACUCCUGUUUGGCCUCCUCCUCCUCUUCCUCCUUCCCCUCGUCAUCUUCCUCCUCCCCCUCCAACUUUCCUCCUGAGGAGGAGGAGGAGGAGGAGGAGGAGGAAGAGGAGGAGAUAGGGGAGAGGGUGGGGAGGUCUCUGUGUCUCUCCCUCGCGGCCAUAAAGUGCGCUUUUACGAUCGUCAGUAGAACCAGCGUCGACCACCACGUCAAUAACAGUCAACGCCUCUCCUUCGUCAGCCCCGCCCCCUCACCCCUAAAUCCCGCCCCUUUCCCUUCAAACUCCACCCCUCACCCUAAGCCCCACCCUCAUUCCCUCCAAACCCCACCUCCAUUCCCUCCAAACACCACCCCCAUCCCUUCUAAACCCUACCCCUCUCCGUCCAAACCCCACCUCCAUCCCCUCCAAACCCACCUCCAUCCCCUCAAACAUCCCCCAUCUCCAUCUAAGCCCCACCCCCUGCCACUCCAAACCCCACCCCAUUCCACCAAACCCCACCUCCAUCCCCUCCAAAUCCCAGCCCCUCUCCUCCAAACCUCACCUCCAUCCACUCCAAACCCGACCCCUCUCCCGUCCAAACCCCACCCAUUCCACCAUACCCCACCCCAUCCCCCUCCAAAACGACUCUUACCACAAAAACCACCCCACUUCUCUAAACUCCACUCCUCCCCUCCAAAACCUCACCUCCAUCCACUCCAAACUCCGACCCUCUCCGUCCAAGAACCCCACCCCAUUCCACCAUACCCCCCCCCCAUCCCCUCCAGACGAAUCUUCACACAACCCACCCAAUCUCUAAACCCCACUCCUCCCCUCCAAAUCCCACCCCCUUCCCCAAAUUUCAAACGUCCCCCUUCAAACACACAUUUCUCCCUCCAAAACCACCCCACUUCUCUAAAACCCACCCCCUCCCCACCUGCCUUCUCUACAGACCCAAAAAGAACGCUCUCUUUCUCCUACUCCUCUUCCUCCCCUUCCUCCUCCUCCUCUACCUCUUCCUCUUCCUCCUCCCCAUCCUCCUUCCUCUCCUCCUCCUCCUUUUUCCCAUCUUCCUUCCCUUCCUCCUCCUCUUCCUCAUCCCUUCCCCACCUCCAUCUCUUCUCGCUUCUUCCCAAAUCCAUCCUGACAUCUGUCACCGCUGUGGUAAUUGGCAUAAUUAUUGGCCACUAG